GCAUUUCCCAACAUUUACAACAGCCUCUGCAGCAAAAUGAACUUUUAUUACGACGAGCGAAGACAAUACAACACCGCUUCUUCUAGCCAUGUCCCGUGGCUUGCCAGCUUGUUUGUCGCCGGCCUGCAUUUGACUUUCAAAUUUGUUUCUGUCCAGGCUACUGUAUAA